AUGGCGAACCAACUUCCAUCUAAUAUAUUAAUCAUUGGGGCAACAGGUACUAUUGGUAAAUACAUUACCGAGGCUAUACUCUCAGCCGUCCCCCAUGUUGGUCGUCAAGUUUCCAUCUUCACGUCACCUGCCACAGCAUCCAAUCCAGACAAGGAGACCAUACUAUCAUCAUGGAAGUCUCGGGGGUUAUCGGUCAUCACAGGCAAUCUUAACAACGUUGAUGAUGUUCGAAACGCCUACAAUGGCAUAGAUACAGUUGUCUCAUGCCUGGGAAGAAAUGCACUAGCUAGUCAAAUUGAACUGCUAAAGCUUGCGGAAGAGACCAACGUGCAGUGGUUUUUCCCUAGCGAAUAUGGCACGGAUAUCGAAUACGAUGCCUCUAGUAAAAAUGAAAAGCCGCACCAGAACAAGCUUAGGGUACGAGAAUUUAUCCGUGAGAAUUUGAAGAAGGUCAAGUGCACUUAUGUUGUAACUGGUCCGUACAUCGAGAUGUAUUUGGUACUUGCACCAGUAGCCAAAGAGGCCGGAGGUUAUGAUACCAAGUCGAAGAAGGCUGUGGUCAUUGGAAGUGGAGAUGGCAAGGUUGGCUUCACAAGCAUGCCCGACGUUGGUAAGCUAGUGGUUGCAGCUCUCCGGCACCCCGAAGUAUCGACGGGGAAAGUCCUCAAAGUCCAAUCGUUUGUUACGACACCGAACGAUAUCGUGGCAGAAUUUGAGAAGCAGACUGGGUCAAAGUGGACGGUCGACCAUACACCAAAUCAGAAGCUUCGCGAGAUGGAGAAUGAAAAGUGGAAUGCCAACGAUCCGAUUGCAACGCUGUACACGCUGAAACGUAUCUGGGCUGAAGGCGGUACACUAUAUGACAAGACUGAUAAUGAGAUAUUAGGUCUUACAUCGGGAGACAUGGAACCAUUAAGCGCUGUUGUAGAGAGGGCUAUCGGCGGGAAAGGAUAUUGA